UUGGUAGUGAAAGAGAAACCGCUGGCACGUCGCGACCUUGUCCGUGAUGUCCACAAUUUUUUUUAGUUUGCGUUAAAUUCCUAGUUAUGUAGUUGCCUCGGAGUCAAAUUUAACAAGAUCAAAUAAUAAACAAACCACUCACUAAAUCCCCACAGGACACUACAAUAAUAAAUAACAACGCCAUCUCUUAAUCAAAAGAAAAAUCACCAAAUAAAAUUCCCUACAAACUCAAAACAGGAUACGUUCCAAAUUAAACCCCAAAAAAUUUCUUUUUAGGAACUCUAAUUAUGUUCUCGGUUCCAAUUCGGCGUUGUAGAAGAUUAUACCCGGCGUUUUUCAUAACAAUUUCGCUUUUUUUAAUUGUAUUAUGGAGAAAACAUAUGAUUUUAAAAAAUGAGCACGUUCAGCAAAAAAGGGAUCCAAACGAGUACGACAAUAAAGGAAUGAAAGUGAUCGUAGGAUAUUACGUGGGACAUUCGAAAAUUCCGAACGCGACCGAUGAAAUGCUAAAUUCCAACGAUUUCCGUCCGAGAAUCGACGCGGGAAAGGAUGGAAAACCCGUCGCGAUACAACCGAAAGAUCUUUUAAAAAUGCAACAACUCUUUCAAAUCAAUCGGUUUAAUUUGAUGGCGAGCGAUAUGAUCCCGUUAAAUAGGAGUCUUCAGGAUGUUAGAAGAAAAAAAUGUAGAAAUCUUCAUAAAGAACAUUCCAACUACCCAAAAACGAGUGUAAUCAUCGUGUUUCAUAACGAAGCGUGGUCGACGCUCCUCCGUACCGUUUGGAGUGUUAUAAAUCGAUCCCCACGAAUGUUAUUAGAAGAAAUCGUUCUAGUUGAUGAUGCGAGCGAUAGAAAAUUUUUAAAAGAACCUUUAGACGAAUACAUUUUAACACUUCCGGUUCGAGUAACGAUUAUUCGAAGUGUCGAAAGGAUCGGGUUGGUUUCCGCCCGAUUAAAAGGUGCUCAAAUCGCCACGGGGAAAGUUUUAACUUUUUUGGACGCUCAUUGUGAAUGUACAGAAGGAUGGCUUGAACCUUUAUUGGGGAGGUUAGCUGAAAAUAAUCAAACCGUUGUUUGCCCCGUUAUUGAUAUAAUCCACGACGAUACUUUUGCGUAUAUAAAAAGUUUCGAACUCCAUUGGGGUGGGUUUAAUUGGAAUUUGCAGUUUCGAUGGUUCACUUUAGCCGGAAAAGAAUUGCUAAAACGAAAAAAAGAUAGUACUUCUCCUUUUAAUACUCCAACGAUGGCAGGGGGGUUAUUUGCUAUUGAUAAAGAAUAUUUCUACGAAAUCGGAUCUUACGAUAACCAAACGAAAAUAUGGGGAGGUGAAAAUUUGGAGAUGUCGUUUCGAAUUUGGCAAUGUGGGGGAACAAUCGAAAUCGUUCCGUGUUCACAUGUGGGGCAUUUAUUUCGAAAAUCAUCUCCCUACACUUUCCCUGAAGGAAUCUCAAACACUUUAUACUCUAACUUAGCCCGAGUAGCUUUAGUUUGGAUGGAUGAUUACGCCGAUUUAUAUUUUAAAUUUAAUAAACAAGCCGAGAAGCUUAAACACACCCUUGACGUCUCAGAAAGACUCCAACUAAAACAACGAUUGAAAUGUAAAAGUUUCCAAUGGUAUUUAGACAACAUUUGGCCCCAAAAUUUCUUCCCGAAAAAGAACCAAUUCUUUGGACGAAUUAAAAACUUAGCUUCGAGUAAAUGCCUCGUAAAACCAAUCCCAAAAGUAACAAGUAAUCAACCGAUGGGGAUUGCUAAGUUGGAUAAUUGUUCCCCAAACGAAGAUCGUGCCGAGGAAAUGUUUAUUAUUAAGGAUGGAUUUUUAAUGACGGAUGAUUCAAUUUGUUUAGAUGCGCCUGAAAAACAAAUUAAUGGUAUAUUAAAAGUACGGAUUUUAGCUUGUUCUUUUGGUACGAGGCAAAAAUGGAGCUUUAAUAAUACAACGAACGAAAUUAUACAUGUAACGAAUCAAAAAUGUUUGUCUUUGCCGAAAAAUAACGAACACGAUGGGUUAAUAUUAUUGGAUUGUGAUAAUUCUAAAACGCAAAAGUGGGUACUUGAAUUAAUUAAAUGGAAAACUUAAUAAUAAUAAUAACUUAACAAUUAAAUAAUAAAAAGAUAGGUUUAUAAUACAUACAUUAACAUUCCUAUUUGGUAAUUCAAGACUGAUCUGUUUUAUUAAUAAUAAAAUCGAUUUUAAUAACAA